AUGCCCCCCAAAAGAAAAUCUACAGACACCACCGACCCACUCCCCGAAAUCGACAGCGAUGACGAACGUCUCGACGAAAUCACCUGGAACGCGGACCAAAUCCGGCGACUCAUCCGCAGCUUCAUUGAGUCGGGCGAGAUGAAAGUCGGGGAAUUCCAACGCGCCAUCAAUGUGUCGUCUCGCUCAUACAGCGAAUUCAUGAAACACUGGGGUCCCGAUAAAGGCUUAGGCUCCGCCACCUACGGGAACGCGUCGCGGUUCUUCAAAAAGCGCGAAUUACAGGGUAUCAAACCCCCGCGAAAGAAGAGGGCCACCAAGACCGCGGAUCCUCUGAAGUAUGACGUGUCCGGGGUGCAUCUCGACGGUGAUGAGGACCAGGAUGUCCCUGUGUAUGACACUUGUGAUGAGCUGCGCAAGAAGAUCCAGGCCCAUUUGCGUGACCCGGAAAAUACGCAGGCGCAAUUACUGAGGGAUAUGGCGAAGGCGGCGAAGCUUGAAGAGGGGAGGAAGUUGUCGUCUAAGUCGUUGGGUGAUUUUUUGAUGAAGAAGGGACCGAUUGCGGGGACGCAGUCGAUUAUUUUCUACGCGGGAUAUGUGUUUUUCGAGAAGCUGAGGAUUCGAGAUGGGAAGUCGAAGUCGAAAUUCCGAGAGGAGAUGGAGGAGGUUUGGAUGAAUGGUAUAGAUAGAGAUGUUUCUGACAGGACGCAAUUUGUGUGUAGAAGGGGUGCGACACUGGUUGUGAAUAAAUUUGGACGGGUGGAGGUUCGUUGA